CCUUCCUUCCUUCCUGUUAAUCCUCUGUCCCCUUUCAAUGGCCUGAGUGGUGCCUUGUGGCACCACAUAAUGGCAUGUCAGGACCAGGGCUGGAAUCUCCUUUCAAGGAUGCCCCCAGCGCUGGGAAGGAGGAUUUGGGAUCCUGCAAUAGCAGGAGGCUACAUCUUUGGGGACUGCAGAUACAGUUGAGCCUGCAGGGCUGUGGCAACCCCCACGCACCGAGCCCCCCGGCUGCCUGGUUCCGGAAGAGCUCUGCCAUAUCGCAAAGCCUGAUAAGGUUUCCAACUGUCUCCAGCCCACGGGGUGCCCAGCAGAUGCUGGUGGCCCCACAGCUGGGCUGUUUGCGGGGCUGCCGGCUUUCCCCUGCUCUCCUGGCACCCGCUGGCUCAGGAAGGGUAUGAGCUCCGACUCGACCGGACCCUCGCACGUAUCUGUCGGGCUGCUGCAUUUGAAGGAAGGUGGCUGCCUGGGAUGAUGAUGCUGCAAUGCAGAAGAGCGUGAAGGAGGGGCUGUUGCUGAAGCAGACAAGCUCAUUCCAGAGGUGGAAGAGGCGAUACUUCAAGCUGCGGGGCAGGACACUCUAUUACGCCAAGGAUGCCAAGUCCCUGAUCUUCGACGAGGUGGACCUGUCCGAUGCCAGUGUGGCUGAGACCAGCACCAAGAACAUCAACAACAGUUUCACGGUGAUCACACCAUUCCGGAAGCUUAUCCUAUGUGCAGAGAAUCGGAAGGAGAUGGAGGACUGGAUCAGUGCCCUGAAAUCUGUCCAGAAGUGGGAGAUCCAUGAGCAGGCCACGCAGUUCAACAUGGAACACUUCUCGGGCAUGCACAACUGGUACGCUUGCUCCCACGCCCGCCCCACCUUCUGCAACGUCUGCCGUGAAGCCCUCCCAGGGGUCACCUCCCACGGCCUCUCCUGCGAAGUCUGCAAGUUCAAGGCACACAAGCGCUGCGCCGUCAGAGCCACCAACAACUGCAAGUGGACGACCCUGGCCUCCAUUGGCGCUGAAAUCAUUGAGGACGAGGAUGGGGUGGCCAUGCCUCACCAGUGGCUGGAGGGGAAUCUGCCUGUCAGCGCACGCUGCGCCGUCUGCGAUCGGACCUGUGGCAGCGUCCGGAGGCUGCAGGACUGGCGGUGUCUCUGGUGCAAGGCCAUCGUUCACAGCGCCUGCAAGGAGCUCUUCGGCAAGAGGUGCCCCCUGGGCCAGUACAAAGUGUCCAUCAUCCCGCCAACUGCCUUGAACAGCAUCGAUUCGGAUGGUUUCUGGAAGGCCACCUGCCCCUCGACCUGCUCCAGCCCUCUCCUGGCCUUUGUCAACUCCAAGAGUGGGGACAACCAGGGCGUCAAGUUUCUGCGCAAGUUCAAGCAGUUUCUGAACCCGGCCCAAGUCUUCGACCUCAUGAAUGGGGGCCCGCACCUGGGGCUGCGCCUCUUCCAGAAGUUCUCCACCUUCCGAAUCCUGGUGUGUGGGGGGGACGGCAGCGUGGGCUGGGUGCUCUCCGAGAUCGAUGCCCUUGGCCUCCACAAGCAAUGCCAGCUGGGCGUCCUGCCCCUGGGGACCGGCAAUGACCUGGCACGGGUUCUGGGCUGGGGCAGCCUCUGCGAUGAUGACACCCAGCUGCUGCAGAUCCUGGAGAAGCUGGAAAGGGCCACCACCAAGAUGCUGGACCGGUGGAGCGUGCUGACCUACGAGGCCCCCAAGCAGUCCCCCCCAGCCCUGAAGGAGGAGGAGAAUGGGGACUCCAACAUCCAGGCCCAGAUCUCCCACUACGCUGACUCUGUUGCUUUCCACCUGGCCAAGAUCCUGGAGUCGGACAAGCACUCGGUGGUGAUCUCGUCUGCAAAGUUCCUCUGUGGCACUGUCAAUGACUUCGUGGCUGAAGUCGGCCGGGCUUACAAGAGAGCGACGGAGAACAAGCAGGAGGCUGAGCUGAUGGCGCGGAAGUGCGCCAUGCUGAACGAGAAGCUGGACUCGCUGGUGCGGGAGCUGAAUGAGGAGGCUCAGGCCAUCGUGGUCCCCGAGGGAAUGGUGCAGGCCCCCCCUGUUGACACCAAGGACCAGGAGAAAGGUGGCAGCUUCAACCCCAGCCCCGUGCCUCGCAUCUUCAAAUCCAAGGAGCAGCUCAUGCUGCGGGCAAACAGCCUGAAGAAAGCCCUGCGGCAAAUCAUUGAGCAGGUGGAGAGAGCUGUGGAUGAGCAGAACAAGCAGACCCAAGCCUACCAGGGCAGUGCGGGCCCCAGCAAGGACAGCUCAGAGGAGCUCAGCAAGGAGGAGGAGAGGCUCAGCUCCCGGCGGGAGACAGUGACCUCUGCAUCUUCCUCCAUCAUCCUGGACCGUCCGGACACCUUUGGCAGCUUGCAGUUCCCUGAAGAUCCCAGUGCCCUCCACUUCUUGGAGAAAUGCGUCAUGAAUAACUACUUUGGCAUUGGUCUGGAUGCGAAGAUCUCCCUGGAGUUCAACAACAAACGGGAUGAGCACCCCAAGAAGUGCAGCAGCCGCACCAAGAACAUGAUGUGGUAUGGGGUGCUGGGCACGAAGGAGCUCCUGCAGCGAACCUACAAGAACCUGGAGCAGCGGGUGCAGCUGGAGUGUGACGGGGUGCCCAUCUCGCUGCCCAGCCUGCAGGGCAUCGCUGUCCUCAACAUCCCCAGCUACGCCGGGGGCAUCAACUUCUGGGGAGGCACCAAGGAGGACAAUAACUUUGGGGCUCCAUCCUUUGAUGACAAGAAGCUGGAGGUUGUGGCCGUCUUUGGCAGCAUCCAGAUGGCUGUGUCACGGGUCAUCAACCUCCAGCACCAUCGCAUCGCACAGUGCCGCGUGGUGAAGAUCACCAUCCGGGGGGACGAAGGUGUCCCCGUGCAGGUGGACGGAGAAGCCUGGAUCCAGCCACCCGGCAUCAUCAAGAUCCAGCACAAGAACCGAGCCCAGAUGCUGACAAGGGACCGGGCAUUUGAAAGCACCCUCAAGUCCUGGGAGGACAAACAGAAGGGGGAGAGCUACCGAACGGCUGCCCGGCCCCGGCUCAGCUCCCAGCAGUCCAUGGAGUACCUGACUGAGGAGGAGAGCAGCCUCUUGCAGCAAGUCUCGCGGGUCGCAGAAACCCUCAUUUCCAGGAUCCACGAGGCAGCCAAGGCUCACAAAGCCGUGGAGCAGGAGCUAGCGCAUGCUGUCAACACCAGCUCCCUGGCGCUGAGCGAAGCCCUCUCCAACAAAGCUGCUGGCACCUCGGAGUUUCUCAGCAGGAACGUGGCUGUGGAGGUGGUGCUGAGCAUCAAGGAGCUGUAUGCCGAGACCAGGGCGUUCCUGGAAGGGAAGGCGCUGGACUCGCCUCAGGAGGAGGAGGCGCUGCACGGCCCCCUGAGCGUGCUGGGCCAGGAGCUACAGAGGCUGCUGGACAUCCACUGGCUGGGGCCCAUUGCACACCCCGCUGAGGAGGAAAGCACCAGCAGCGCUAACAAGGGCAGCUUCAAGCUUCGCCUCAACAUCCCUAAGCCCAGGAAGGACAAGGACAAGGUGCAAAAGCAGAAGACCAACAGCGCGCUCCCAGCAGACAAGUGGGGCUCCGAGGAGGUGGCAGCUUGGCUGGAAGCGCUCGGCUUAGGGGAGUACAGAGACAUUUUUGUCCGGCAUGACAUCCAGGGCUCUGAGUUGAUCCUGCUGGAGAGGAGAGACCUGAAGGACCUGGGGAUCACCAAAGUGGGCCACAUGAAGAGAAUCCUCCAGGCCAUUAAGGAGCUCAGCAACCCACCCUAGGCCAGCAGCAGAGCAGCAGCCCAGCCCACGUGCUGGGUGCUGCCCCUAGGGACCAGGGCUUGGGCAGGGGGGCUCUAGGUCCCCACCAUGCCCCAUGUGUGUGGAGCCCCUCUGCUUGCCUUGCUUUGUCUGUUUGUCCCCCGGUGUCCUUCGAGCUGCUGCCUUUCCCCAAGCCUGUGGUGCUGGGAACACUAAAGCGGAGGUCUAGGCCUGUAGGCAACGCAGCGCGACCUCUAGUCCAGCCCCUGGCCGGGUCACUACAGGCGCUUGGGCUGCUAUACGUGUGCCUAAGCUGGGGCCAAAACAAAAGAUCCCCCUUCCCCACGUGGGUAUUUAAGCUGUGUAAAUAUUUGGAGAAAAGAUACUCCUUGCUGCUGCU